AUGGAUAUAUUAAUCAUGCAACCAGUAAACAAACGAACAGAGCUAAAUAAAAAGUGUUCUAAGUCGUCAUUUUCCAUCGGAAAUUAUUCAGUGCAAAACUGUUCAUUAGAUGGUAACAAUCUUACGGUUCUGACAAACAAUGAGCUAUUUUUAAAUACGCCAUCUCAACUGUUGCCUAUUGAUGAAACUAUACGACAAUUGAAGCCAACGGUGCCUGUGUUUUGUAUUCGACCAAAAACAAUUGAAGCCACUGCGCGCUAUUUUUUAUCGAAAUUUCCAGGCAAUGUGCUCUAUGCAGUAAAAUGCAAUGCAGAGCCAAGCAUUUUGAAACUUUUAUGGAGUGCUGGACUUCGUCAUUUUGAUUGUGCAUCAAUAAGUGAAAUUAAAUUAGUUCGUACUCUUUUUCCGUCUGCAACGAUUCAUUUUAUGCACCCAGUGAAACCUAAAAGUGUGAUAUUCCAAGCGUAUUUUAAUAACAAUGUACGUGAUUAUGCACUCGAUAGUAUAGAAGAAUUACAUAAAAUCAUUAAAGUGACCAAAAACGGAGAUGAUCUUGGCCUCAUUGUGCGAAUUCAAGUAGCAGAAAAUAUGACAUUGCAUGAUCUAUCGCGCAAGUUUGGCGCCAAUGCGACUGAUGCUGUCACGAUUUUACGCGAAGCACGAUCGAUUGCUAAACGACUAGGCAUAUGCUUCCACGUAGGCUCUCAAUGUUUAGAGCCAGAAUGUUAUGAAAAUGCGCUAGAUAUAGUAAAACGCAUUAUCAAUGAGGCGAAUGUCAAAAUAGACGUUAUCGAUGUCGGCGGUGGGUUUCCUGGAACUUACCCAGGUUGUAUACCGCCGCCUCUUGGCGAGUUUUUCCAGAGUAUCGAACGUGGCUUCCGCAAUUUAAACUUGCCUAAAGAGACGACAUUGCAAUGUGAACCUGGUCGCGCUAUGGUAUCUGAAGCGUGUUCAAUCAUAGUUCAAGUAUUAGCGCGUCGACAAGAUAGUAUCUACAUAAACGAUGGAACGUAUGGAAAUCUAUGUGAUGCUGGACCUGUGGUACAUAAUCGCUAUCCUGUACGUCUUCUUCGUCAAAACGGACUAAUCAGAGCAGAGAAAAAUAAUUUAAAAGCUUUUCGGUUCUACGGCCCAACAUGCGAUAGUCUAGAUGUAAUGAAUGGACCAUUUGAAUUGCCGGACGAUAUUGAAGUCGAUGAUUAUAUUGAAGUAGGUGAAAUAGGUGCUUAUAGUAUAGCGCUAAAGUCACAAUUUAAUGGAUUUGGUGAAAACAUUAUUGCUUUUGUCAGUGACGAUCCUCUAAAAGUUGUCCCAAGUGAUGAAAAUAAAAACAAUUAA